AUGGCCAGCUUGUGUCUGCUGCAGCAGCGCGGGCGCAAGCUGGUACAAGAGGUCGGCUUGGAAGAUGUGGUGGCCGUGGCCUCCACCGCGGAGCAAGAGCUUCGCACAUCGGUUUUUGAGCUUCUGGGCUCCGGUCACCUUUUGGAGGCCAUCAAUGGCGGCUUCUCUCUGGCCACGAUAUCACUCUCUGUCAGUUGCCUGCUGAUCCCCGUGUUUCUCGAAGCCUCUGGCUGCAAGACGGGUGGGGUCCUGUCCUCUGACCGACGAGCUCUGCGUGUCGUCUGGCUUGGGCAGUGGGUCCUCGCUACCAUAGACAUGACGAUUCUUACCCCUGUGUCCUACGACUUGGUGCAACAGCUGGGGUAUGGAGCGGUAUCUUCUGGAUUCUUGCUCUCCGCACCGCAGGUUUUGCAGCCCAUGGGCGCUAUUCUGUCCCGGCUGAUCACAGAAGGCCGGAGCUACGCCUUCUUGCGCCGCUUCAUCGUGAGCGGCCUGUAUCUCCAGGCACUUUUUACAUGGUCUCUCGUGCCAGUACUGCAUCGAUGCAACGCUUGGUCGAGUGAGAUUGUCCUCGGAUCUACAAUUCUGUUGCGAUCUUGUGGAGGGAUGAUGCUGAUGAUAUAUGGAGUGCCACUGAGCACCAUGGUUUACCAGUAUGCAGCCUCUGCCGAGAAGCCUUGUCUGUCCAUCGGCCUCUACUUGGCCAUGAGCCUCGGGGUUUGUUUGGGGCCCCUGGUGAGUUCCGUCCUCUUGACGCUUGGCCAAUACCAGCCCAGCCAGGCGUGCAAUGCUGGCGCACGAGCCGUGCAGCUGAUGGCCCUACUGUGGUCUUGUGAAACCCUACUGGCUGCUGCCCUGCUACCACAGGAGAUUGCAGGAUCCAACGACGAUAGCCACUCGAGGGCGCAAGACCGUGUAGAUUCCCAGAUCGUCGAGGAGCUGCCGAUUUGGCUCCGCAAAGCUUUGGUUGGGCUGACGAUAUUGUUCUCUGCUGGACGUUCUUUGGGCAUCUCAGCUAUCGAGGUUGCCACAGCCUUGCUCCUCGAGUCUCAGUAUGGGUGGACACCGGAGAAAAUUGGAUACGCCUUAGGGGCCGUCUUUGCCCUGACAGCGUCUGCAGGGCUUCUGGUGGCCAUGCUGCGGAACACAUUGCUGUCCGAGUAUGUUCUGAUGCUAUCCCUGGCCUUCUUCAGCAUUGUCGGCUCGUUGCUUUUUUUCGACUUCGGGGGCGGAGCGCUGCAGGGCGUGCACCACAGCUCCCCGUUGUUGCUGAUGACGGCAGAUAUGCUGGUGUAUGCCUGCAUGUUUCAGCUCACUGCCUUCAUGGAGGGCAUUGCGACGCAAGCCGCGGUGCCAGACAGCACCUUCAGCCUGGAAAACUUCAUCGUCGUGCGGAAUCUGGCCAUCCAGAUGCCCCGUGCUCUGGGACCCCUGAUGGCGCGCUGGAUGAUCGAUGCUUUCGGCCGGAACUUCUAUGCUGGCUUUAUGCUCGUCUUGAUGCUGGUGGCGGUGUGGGCUGUCUGCUAUGCAGCAAGCCGUGCCAGAAAGCCCAGUGGGCCGAGUGCCACGGCGGUUUCGAGCGCAGCAAAGGAGGUCUCCUAG